AUGGGCCUACCAGACGCAGACAUUUUCCCUCACGCCACUGGCAAGGCGUCCGAGGUGGUGGCAAAGCACAAGUCAGAAGUUGGACCGGAAGGAAUCAAGUUCUACGCGGGUUGGUUCUGUCCCUACGUGCAAAAAACAUGGAUCGCCUUGCUAGAGAAGCAAAUUCCAUUUCAAUACAUCGAGAUUAAUCCUUAUCACAAGGAUCCUUCCUUCCUGGCAAUCAACCCCAAAGGUCUGGUGCCGGCGAUCGAGUCCCAAGGAUCGACGUUGGCCGAGUCCAACAUCCUAAUCGAGUUCCUCGAAGACUUUGCUGAUGGGAGCAAUAGCAAGUCGAGCAGGAAGCUGUUGCCCGCUGCACCCCAAGCUAAAGCUGUGGCCAGGAUGCACAUCGAUCAGAUCAGCAAGAAGAUCGUGCCUGCUUGGUUCAGGACCAUCCAGGCCCAAGACUCGCAAGCACAGGCGCAGGGAAGGAAGGAUUACACGGAUGCCCUCAAAGAAUGGGCUACGUAUAUCGAUGACAACAAGCUCCACAAUGGUCCUUUCCAUGGAGGAGACGAGCUUGAUGCGGUCGAUAUCAACCUUGCUCCCUUUGUUGCUCGCGAGUACCGUGAGUGUCUCACCGAGUCAAGCUUGUGCGCUCUCUUCAAGAGAAGAAUCGCCCCCUGACAUGAGUAUUGUGCCUCGCAAAUCCUCGCACCCUACCUCAACACCAGUCAUCGAGAAGCAUCGCGGCGGACCGAUCACAGCAGAGGAAACGGGCGAGACGUAUCAAAUAUGGCGCAAGGCGAUCCUCUCUCAUCCUUCAGUCGUCAGCACGACGAGCGACAAGGAGAAUUACGAGCCUAUUUAUGGACGUUAUCUUCGGGACGAGGUGCGUUUUGCCGCUUUCUCUCACCUCUCGAGUUUCGAAUCAUUCUCGAGAUUGCUGACCUCGCGAUCCUUCCUCUCGCCUUGACUUUCGUCUGUAGGCGCAGAGCGAGGCCGCGAAAGCUACAAGAGGUGGUCGAGCAAUUCCUUAG